CGAUUCCAGACACGGACAUCGACACCGUGAAGACUGUAGCGAGUCAGGGAGCGAGGAAUCUGUGUACGAGGGAACUAACGGCACCCUUGAGUUUACCGGCACCGACAGUGGCAACGAUAGAUUCGGAAAUAAAGAAAUCACAACAUGCGCCGAGGAUUUAGAAAGUUGUUUAGAGUCUGAGCUGGUCGCUGUGUCUGAGUUAGAGGCUAGCCGUAAUUUCGGCGCACCUCUUCUAGGUUCCCCAGGUCACGUUCUAACUCAGGAAGAUGGUGAAAGGCGGUGUGACAACUCUUCACGGGUGAGCUCAACCUGUUUACUUCCCGUGAUUGGAAAAGUUCCGGUUUUAUUGGAGGUCGAGGAGCGUGACGAUGACGUGGAGAGCAAUGUGGUUUUCAGAGUGGAUUAUUCGCCGAAAGUGAGUGUUCCUGACAUAGAGGACGCUGAAGACAAUCUGGCAGGUACUCAAUCUCAGGCUGCAGGUAUGGAGGUUAGCGAAUAUCAGUUACGGAAGAGAGAACAUUUACACAUGAAAAAAUCGGAAAGUCGAAAUAGUCACAAAACAACAAAGUCGUGUCCCGCCACCCUGGGCGCCGUUACUACACGUGAAAUUACGAGCAGCCAUGGCGUCACCGGAAGUCUGGAGGACGUCUACAGCUCAAGAAAUCUUGAGUUUCCGUUCGGCCGGGGCUUCUCACACAGAAGUCGAUCUAAAGUGUUCGCACAUAUGUCGCUGGAGGCACGUCACGCUAUUGAUGAGACUCUGCGAGAAAUGAAAGCAGAAGAGGAGCAACAACAAAUGAAUGACGGCAUGGGGCAGACGUUACUUCUGCCAACAGAUAACGAGGCAGAUCAUCCUGACAAAGAUAUUGAAACGAACGAACAACUCACUGGAACUUCCCAACAUGGACUCAACAAGACAACACCGGGAAAUUAUAAUAAUGACGACAACUUGGCUGAAAACAAUUUCAGAAAAACUCUCAACGCCACCUAUCCAGCUGAUAACGUCCGUACAAGGACGGACUACUUAAGCGGGCGGAUGAGUACAAACAGGAAACUGCCCCAGUUAGAUUUUGGGGCCGUUUCGCCGUCUGGCUUUCCGAACCCCCACCAGAGACUGCCAGAUAUCGGCCGACCGUACGAACCAGUGCAUUACGAGCCUGUGCAUUACGAGCCUGUGCAUUUUCGCGAGAACACGUUCGAAAUAACGCCAGUGGAUUUUGAUAUACGGUUUCAUCAAAUCAUUCCGUGUAGCCCCGGGGACUCCCCGCCCCCCGACAUACGUCAGCAGUCUAUAGAGAAGUGUCAACAGUGGUUAGUACGUCACACGCCCAGACAUUGAGCUCAGCUACAAGGUAUCAAACACCAUAUUGUCCAUAGUUUAUGAGAUCACGUCAGAAAUCUAAUAUAUGAACUCCAAGUGUGUAGCAUUUCAAACACAAAGAGGUGAAGACAGUUUGUGGAGUAAUUGUGGAGUAAGGUUUCUUCAAUUGUGUAGUUGUAAGUCAGUUGGGCGUGUUACGUUUUUUAGCCAUCACCGCACUGAAGAAAUAUGAAUUAUACUUAAUUUUGCUUCUGUGGACAUCGCUAUUCACUGUUACUUCUAAAAACUCAAAACAUUUACGUACAUAAAAGAUGAUCUAGAGGAACAGAAUGAGACACUUUGAAAAUAGACAUAACGAGGCCCUUUGAACAUAGACAUAAUGAGACACUUUAAACAUAGACAUGAGACGCUUGAACAUAGACAUAAUGAGACACUUUGAACAUAGACAGAAUGAGACACUUUGAACAUAGACAGAAUGAGACACUUUGAACAUAGACAGAAUGAGACACUUUGAACAUAGCCAUACGACUUUCUCACCAGAUGCUCAUCCACGAAGUAAGCAGAAGACCAAUAAACAUUGACUUAACUGUCAAUUGCUGUUGACCAAUGAAUCUGAGGCAAACCAGUUUAAGAAAAUUCAAAAAUUUCCAAACAACUUGACAACCGAUGGCUCAUAUGACACGGUCAUCACUCAAUGGUCUGACUUUGACAUGGUCAUCAUUCAGUGGUCUGACUUGACAUGGUCAUCAUUCAGUGGUCUGACUUUGACAUGGUCAUCACUCAGUGGUCUGACUUUGACAUGGUCAUCACUCAGUGGUCUGACUUUGACAUGGUCAUCAUUCAGUGGUCUGACGUUGACAUCCCAACCAAGAUUUAUUUUCAUAAUUAAG